AAGUGCAUGUGUGUUUCCUGAGCACUUACAAGUCCUAGGUGGGCUCCUCAAGACUUGAUGAUCCCAGGGAGUUGACGCCUGCCCCUACCCCACAGGAAGUGGCGCCCAGCUCUCCCCACCUCAGUGCAGAUGCUUUUCCUGUUGGGAAUAAAGUGCCAGAGACUCAACUUCCUUCCUUUCUGCCUUGGAAAGGGAGGGGCCUUGGGGAGAAGAAGGGGCGUCUGGGCUGGGAAGUGGGAGAGAGGCUUCCUUGGGGAGAGGAAUUUGGCUGCGGGUGACAGAGGAGCUGGAGUCACUUUGGUCCCGUGAGCAGUGAGAGUGUGCCCAGCUCUGCAGGAGAGAGAAGGCCAUUCUCAAGGCCAAGGCCGUUUGCAGAGGAGGGAGAACUGGAUACCGGUCAGAUCUGCGGGCUAGGCAAGGAGCUCGCUCUUCUUUCUCAGAGGGGCCAAAGGAAUAGCCAGCCUGCCUGGGCUACUCCAGGCUCUCACCUCCACUCCUACCACAUCUCCAGCUCCCCAAGGCACACCAUGGACUCAGCAGCCAAGGACAGAAUCCAGCCCACACUUCUUCCUGGGCCCGAGUGGCCAGAGCAGGAGAGGGCAGAACAGCUGGCUCGGGGUGCGGCGCUCAAGUGGGCCUCGGGCAUCUUCUACCGGCCAGAGCAGCUGGCCCGGCUGGGCCAGUACCGCAGCCACGAAGUGCAGCGGACCCGUUUCCUGGAAGCACGGAUUAAGUCGGUGGUGCAGUCGUACCUGGAAGGUGUACAGACUGGUGUGUGGCAACUGGCUCGAGCCCUUGAGGCUGUGCAGGGAACCCGUGAAGCGCUGAGCCAGGCCCAUCACCUACUCCAGGGGUUGUCUCAGACCUCACAGACCCUGGCGCCCCUGAGGGAACGUGUUGUCCAGCACAAGCAACUCCAGGUCCUGACUCAGUUGCUGCCAAGACUACAAGCCGUGCCAGCUGCAAUGGCCCACACACAGACCCUGAUUGAUGCUCAGCGAUUCUUGGAGGCGUAUGUGAGCCUACGGGAGCUAGAGCAGCUGCAAGAGGAGACCUGGGCACCCCUAGGAGGGCUGGAGUUGCCCAUCUUCCAGGGGCUGGGCCUUCUGGCUGAGGCCUUGGGCCGAGCAGUGGAGGCAGCUGCAGGGGCUGCGGGGCGGCUAGCACGUGAGGAUCCAGCCCUGCUGGUAGCUGCUGUUCGCGUGGCAGAGGUGGAGACUGAGCGUACCAUCCUGGGGCAGGCCCCGCGAGACUGGCGACAGCGAUGUCUUCGGGCACUGCAGGAGGGCCUGGAGCGGAUCCAUUUCUCAUCGCCGCCAGUGCUGCCCGAACCCGGGGCCCUAGCAGGGUGGCUUGAGGCUCUGCAGGUAGCUCUGCCUGCCGAGUUGGCAACAGCUGAGGCACUAGUAGCACCCUGCUGCCCACCACACUACAAUGUGGUGCAGCUUUGGGCCCACACCCUGCACAGUGGCCUGCGCCGCAGCGUGCAGCAGCUCCUCUCGGGGCCUGAGCUGGGAGCUGCGGACGCCUUCGCCUUGCUGCACUGGGCAUUGCACGUGUACAUGGGGAAAGAAAUGAUGGGGAACUUGGAGCUAGGGCCCGAGGCUGAUGUGUCCCAGCUAGCGCCCCUCCUGACCCCGGAGAACAUCGAGCAACUGGAGGCAGCAUUUGUGGCCCAAGUCCAGGUGAGUGUGGCUCAGUGGCUGCAGAAGGCACUAGAUGGGGAGGUAGCUGAGUGGAGCAAGGAACAGGAGCCCAACACAGACCCGUCGGGCUUCUACCACUCACCAAUGCCAGCCAUUGUCCUGCAGAUCCUGGCUGAGAACAUUCAAGUGACCAGCCUGAUCAGUGACUCACUGCAUCGGCGGGUGCAUGACAUGGCACUGUCAGAACUGGCCGCAUUCUUGAGGAGCUUCAGUGACGCUCUGAUCCGGUUCUCUCGAGACCACCUGAGGGGAGAAGCCCCUCACUAUGUGCCCUACCUACUGGCUGCCUUCAAUCACCAGUCGGCACUGAGCUCUUCGUUAUCUGUCCUGCUACCCGAUGGAGAAGCUUCGGGGGUCUUGGCUCCAAUAGAGUCCGCGUUGGAUGACGUACAGAGGAGGAUCUGCCGCCUGGUAUUGGAAGCACUGCAGGUUGAGCUCCAGCCUCUGUUCGCAUCUCUACCCUCGCGCCAGUGGCUGUUGAGUUCUGAGUUGUUGGACGGUGUGUGUGAGCAGACGUCGCACUUCUGCCAGGAUUUCUGGCGUGUGCGGAAGCCUGCCGUUCAGCUGCUGCUGGCGGAGGCGGAACGAACCGUGGUGUUGCAAUACCUGCGCGCCCUGAUGCAGGGCCGCCUGGUGUGCCGCGGUGCGGACGAGCGGACCCAGGCGGCCGAGCGCCUUCGGCACGAUGCUGCCCAGCUCAAGGAGCUUUUCCUGGGUUUGGUGAGAGCUCACUGGGAGGGCAGACGGUCGAGAAUCGGGUGGGAGCCGAGGGCGGCUGGAAACCCUGCCCCAAUGUCUUCAGGGCCUGGAGGAGAGCGCUCACUGCGCGCCAGUGCUGCUCGCGCUGAGGGAGCUGCUCAACCUCCACGAUCCCACGCUGCUUGGCCUCGAGGUGGCAGGCCUGAGGCAAAAAUUUCCCGACGUGAGCGAGGAUCAUGUCUCCGCCCUCUUGGACCUGCGCGGGGACGUGUCCCGAGAGCAUCGCCAGGCAGCACUCAGCUCUCUGCAGGCCGGCCCACCGCCCUCACCUUCUGCUGGCCGCCGUGCCCUCUUCAGCCUCGUACCGACGCCCACGCCCUCGCUGUCCUCCUGCCUCCCCUCGGGUCCCUGCUCCUGAGCCGUCUGUCUGCGUAAUAAAGCCACGUCCACCGCG